UUGGCCUGAUCUUAAUAUCAAGAAAACAAAAAAGACAGUACUGCCACUGACUCGUUUUCAUCAUGAGCUAUCCUUUUCACCCAAAGAGCAAAGCCUACUGACAAGUGACAUAAAAGUGACAUUAAACAGUAGCUGGGCAGGUUAUUUGCGACUAAAGAUUAGAAGAGCCUUGCUUCUCCUUUCUUUAAGCAUUAAUCUGCUGCUAAAAUGAUUUUGGAUAGGUAAACUUUGUACAAAUCACUCGAUUGAAGUGUACCCCAAAUCCCAGAAUGAACGGAGAGGACGAGCACGAAAUUUGGUUAAGUGGAUGGGAGCAGCAGUGCUGCGAGGCUAUUCAAAAUCAACCAGCUUACGAACAAAGUUUGGCAGCGGAGAAUGAAUAUUUCCAACGACGAGUCUGGACAAGUUUUCAGGACUCCGCUACUGCCAUAGCACAGCUUUAUAGAGGGCUUUUUUAGCCGGUAAACCAAGUCCAAAACAAAACCAUCACCACCAUCACAGCCUUAGAUUGUCUCCUCGGCCACGCAACAUGUCACCACCCCCCAGCCAUAAGGACUCUGGAAAUCCAUCGGCUGACCAAAACUUACACAUGUUUAGAGAGGCACUUACCAAUAGUCGAAGAGGCUGCUCUACUCAUAGUGAAACCGACCUGUGCUCUUUUAUCGCUGGAGAAAUGGCUCGUCAUGGGACUAAAAGAUCGUCAUCUCCCAAUGAUGUACCGAUGGGCAGCCCAACCCUUCCAAAACGAUCUAGAUAUAUGUGACUAGAAGAGCCCAAACGAAUAAACGCACUAUAUCUGUGUUAAGAAAUUACAAAUUCGUCAAUAUUAAGAAACCCAAACAAGUUCAAUGCUGCAAUAAAGGUUCACUUGUUUGGUUUUUAAAUUAGUGACACAUAAUACUUAACUUGUAAAAAUGUACAGAAGUCACCACGCGUCUGUAGUGUUGUAAGGGAGAUAACUGAAAUCUAUUCAAGUAGCAUUAAAUCUUGUUUAAAAGUAUUGCAAAUUGUCAUUGAUUAAAUAAAAAAACUAUAUUGCUUAAUCUAGCAAUCAUUAUUUUUUGUCUAGCAGUCAUUAUUGUUGAAACAAUAUUAAAUUCGUAAAGUUUUUUUUUAAUACGCAUAAGGAAUUUUCAUUUAGUACUUGAUGCGUAAGAUCAUUAGUUAUCUCAUGUGUUGUGCUCAACUACAUUUCGAGGGAAACCGCUGUCAUCGAAGUUGUUUAGUUGAUCAUAAUUAGUUCAGUUUUGUCUAGCUUAUCAAUAAAUAUAUAAAAUAUGUAUGUUCAGCAGGUAGAUAGUAGGCUUUACUUAAUUUUUUCAACUGAUUUUUAUGAUAUUGUCUUAUUUAUUUGUAUUGUGAAUAUACACCAAAUAUAUUGCGUAAGAAAUAGAAUUAUGUAUGAAUAGAUACUUUUUUAAGAGUUGGAAAAAUUAGGUACGAGUAGAAAUCAAUUAUCUUGUCUGAUAUUGAUAUCUUGCGUGAUACGUUUGAAGGAUGAUUGAAAUGGUUGAAAAUCGUUAUUUCUCGUUGUAGAUAGGACAACGUGAAAUAAUGAAAUUAAAUCGAAAUGCCAGGUAAAGACUUGAAUGAAUAUGCCAACUGAAUUAUUCUUAAUCUAUUGAAAAGCAUUACUUUAGACACAAAAUGCCCUACAGACGGUCUAAAUCAAUCUAGUCAUGACGCAUCCUGGAAAUUGAAAAUUACAAUAUUUUUGUUAAGUAGAAGACUAUGGAAUGAAUAUGCCAUAAUAGUACCACAUGCAAUACAUCGGAAGCUACAAGAGCUGCAUAAUCUCAGUUUCUUUUAUCCCAAAUGCAAACAUGUUAUUUAAUAAUCGAAACAUAUUUUUCACUGAAAAUAUGUCAAUUACUUGAAUGAUUUCUUUAUAAUUAGUCGCACAUUAGGAAGGUCGAAAACAUUGAAAACUAUAUGUUGCUACAAAAAUUAUUCUGAAACGUUUAAUGUGGUUAAUUGCAUUUUUCCAGUCGAAAAUUUGUUUAGAUUGUUAAAUCCUUAAUCAUUCUUAUUUGUUAUAUCAAUAAAGUUGCCAAAAGCGAUAUACACACAUCACAAUUUCCCAAAUUAUUAUUUGAGGAGCAGGAUAUUUUCUGUAGCGUACAAUUUUUAAUAUGGCGAAAUUGACGUAGGGUAUGUAAAAUUCAUAUAUCUUGGUUUUCUGAGCCUAGGAAAAAUCGAAAGAAACUCGAUUAUUUCGGAAAUGUUUCAAGGAAACCAGAAUAUGUCUGCUUUUAUUCUGUAUGUAGGGUGAUCAUGAAAAAAAAAAUUUCAUUUUGAUUUGGUCGCCCUAUCUGUCUGUAUGCUUUAAGAACGCUUCUCAGUUCACAAUGAAAAGUACUAAUUGAUAGUUAGAAUGAAGAAAUCAGAAUGUUUUUUGCUUUAUUUUUUAAAUAUGAAUAAGCACAAAUCAUUUUGAAUUGUUACUGUUAAUUUAUUUGUAAGUUGUGAUUAUUAUAGUUUCUGUUUUUUUUGACCUAAAACUUUAUCUGAAAUUGUUUUCCUUUUUUCCGAUCGUGCUAUUAAUGUUUAUUAUUUAUUUUACCGGAGUAAAUAAUUUCAUCAACACUCGUUUACUACACUUACUGGUUAACGUAUUUUUAGUUUAUUUUUGUACAAUCAAAUUGUAAAUCUUUAUUCAUAAUUAAAAGUUAUUAAUGAAUA